GAAACAGAUAUUUUUCAAUUAUUCUACAAUAAAUAAAUCUCCUCAAGGAAGAAAAUGGGAUGUGGGUAAAUGUUUGAAACUCGGUGUAUUAAAUGAUAGACGUUACAUAAGAUUUUCAUGCGGGCUUUUUUGAAAUAAGAUUUACAGAAUUUGUUGAAAAAUGGCAGACAUAAAAAAGAAGUGUCUUUUAGUGGGAGAUGGUGUUUGUGGUAAAACCUGUCUCUUCAUGGUCUUCAGCAAAGACGAGUUCCCAGAAAGCUACAGUAAUCCUAUAUUUGAAAAAUAUGUAACUGACUAUGAAGUUGAUGGAAAGCAGAUUGAGUUAACAGUACAGGAUACUCCGGGACAGGAGGAUUACGGCAGAUUGCGUACAAUGCACUAUACGGAUACUGACGUCGUACUUAUAUGCUUCUCCAUAGACAGCCACAGCACUUUAGAAAGUGUUCAAGCAAACUGGGUACCAGAAGUCAAUGACUUCUGUCCCAAUGCUCCCAUUGUUCUGGUAGGCAUCAAGAAAGACACAAGAAACGACCCCAGUGAAAUAAAGCGACUCCAUGAAAUGAAACGGGAACCGGUCACAUCACAAGAGGGUCAGGCGAUGGCCAAAGAAAUCCAAGCUUUUGCUUACAUUGAGUGCUCGGCUAAAUCGAAAGAGGGAGUGAAGGAGGUUUUUGAAACGGCCGCAAGGGCGGCUCUUCAAGUCAAGAAAAGAAAGAAAGAAAAGAAGUGUUUAUUGUUUUAGGACUACAUGUGUUUGGAGAUUGUUGAACUUUUGUAUAUUGUAAAUUUCUAACUUUCUUAUGUUAAAAAGUAAAAUCAGUGAGGUUGUGCAAAUUAUGAAAAAACAAACGAAUCUUCGAUACAAUUGUAUAUCAAAAUGCUUACAUUGUAAACUCUCACAUUGUAGCUUUGUGAAUUUUAAGAUAAAAAAAAGUUGAAAGGCUAAUUUUCCUGCGUCGAAUCCGACAAAAAUUCAGUUCGACCAUUAUUAUUUUAAAACACUUGCUGUAUCAUGAUCUUUGCAAAUUUAUAUUAAAUUGUUGCACUGUAGAUUUAAGAUCGAAUUUGUUUUGUGGAGUUUGUACGGCUGAGAUGAAAAAUAAUGAU